AUGCCUCGCGAGCAACGGAAACGUGGUCGACGACAUAAGAAAACCGACGAGAAUGAGAAUGAUCAUGUUGUCUACGAAGAAGAAUAUUAUCAACCCGGCGAAGCAUCACACACCCAGCCGCCUCAGGCUGGUCCAUCACAUGUUGAAGAGGAUCUGAACUACCCCUUUGGCAUACUGGAUCCCGACGUCAAAGCCUAUUUCCGGAACGUAGACGAUAAGCUCAAGUCGUGGAACUCUGGACUUGACGACGAAGCGGAUGAAGCAGGUCUGGUCGAAGGCGAAGACCCAAACGAGACGCGGAGGGCGGUCUUGAAUGCUGCCCUAGAGGAGCUGAGCGGGAAGGAACUCCAGGCAUCGACAGACCCAGAUUGCUCCGUCGUGUUGGAGAGAAUGAUAUACUCGAUGGAUGAUUUUAGUAGAAGGGUGUUCUGUGACCGAUUGGCGGGCGCGUUUACCCAGCUCGCAUGUCACCGAUUCGCUUCCCACGUCUGUCAAACGCUGCUCACACUCUCCCCUUCCACCGUCUCGAGGGAGACUCAGGGAGUUAUCUCUUCCGCUUCAACGACCUCAGAGCAUGGGGAACUGCGGACAAUGUCGGAGCUCGUUCGCGCCCUGCACGCCGAACUCCUCCCUUCCCUUGGGACUGUCGUACUGGAUCCGUUUGGCGCGCACGUAUUGGGUGCAUUGGUCAUCCUGCUCUGCGGAGACCGUAUCCCUCUCACCUCUUCCCACUCGGCCACGGUGGGUGGCGGAGGAAUGGUUCGAAGUAAAAAAUCCUCGAAAUAUCGAGCCAAGCAAGGCCCUAUGACCGGGGUGCUCUCUACUCCUGAUUUCUCCAACUUCAGUUCUACUACCAGUGUACCGGCUGAUUUUUCCAAUCUGGCAGUUCGACUAGUCGGCGAGCUCAAAGAGCAGAUGGACCCCAACUCUGUGCGGUCCUUGGCAGCACACAAGGCUGCAAAUCCGCUCGUCCAGCUACUACUACAAGUGGAGGCGCGCUCCGACCUGGCGAGCCAGCCAGGAUCUGUCAUGGACAGUUUUCUUGUCGGAUUGGCUGGAGAAAUCAAAGACGGAACAAAAGACGUUCAGGCGUCGGACUAUGUGGAGACGAUGCUACGAGACGCGACCGCUUCCCACAUCCUCGAGACGAUCCUUGCUGUCGCUCCAGAAGAUAUAUUGCACAAAUUAUGGGAGGUCUACUUUAGGGGCAAGCUUCCGAAGCUGGCUGUCCAUCCGGUGGCCAAUUUCGUGCUAGCUAGUGCCGUUGGGAGACUGAACGGGGAAGAAUUGGGCGAGGUGUGGGAGGAAAUGCAGGGACGGUGGGCAGGGGUGUUGAAAAAUAAUCGUACUGGUGGCUUGCGCGCUGCUGUCGCCCGCGCCGCAGAUUUGGAUCAAGGUGACCAGGCAAUAGAAGCUGUCAAGUCCACCUUUGGCUUCAGCGACACAACGGACAAGAAGAAUAUCGUCCCAUGCAUGUUGACAUGCAUGCCUUAUACGACAUUCAAGGAACAAAAGAUGGAGGUGCUCUCCAUGCCAUCGAAAACAGACGACAGCAGUGCUGCUCAGCCGCCUCGCAAGAAACCAAUAGACUCUGACCCCAUAAACCUGCAAGGAUCCCUCCUACUACAGUCUCUCCUGCACCUUCCUUCUCCAUCCAACGCCCUAAUUCUGGACUCUCUUGAAUCCCUCUCAACGCCUGAGCGCGUCGCUCUCGCGCAUCACCCCACCAGCGCACGUGUGAUCGACGGUCUCCUCGAUUCCGGUACAGUGCCAAACAAGAACAAGAGAAUGUGGAUCUCCGGUUACCUGGGCGUGUAUCACGAGCUUGUGGAUGACAGAAUCGGCAGCAGGGUGGGAGAUCUAUGCUGGGCAAAGGCGGAUACGUUCCUCAAAGAGAAGAUCGCCAGAUCGCUCAUCAAGCACGAGACGUUCUUAGCGGCAUCGCACUACGGUCGUUUCUUCGCGCGUAAACUGAGGUUGACGCUGCUUCAGCGGAAGCCUGAGGAUUGGAAGGCCGCUCAGUCAUCUGCCGCUCCCGCUCUGACAGCAGGAAACCUUAGUCCCAACAAAACGGAAACGAAUAUCGAUCCAAGCGGCGCUGCUUCGUUAGGACCUGCAGUAACCAAAAAGCGGAAAUCACACGCGGAAGGCGACGAGAUUGAUGCGUUAUUCACUAGUGCCGCACCCAGAACGAAGAAGCCCAAGCCAGCGCACGCUGAAGACCAGGCACAGGAACGUCGUCAGCCGUCUAGCAAGGCAGAGACCAUUCUGAAGGAGGCUGAGGCGGACCAGAGUUUAGCUGGCGUUCUGGAUGCAAUCAAACAGACGAGGACGCACGAAAAGGGCGAGGAGUCGAGACCCAAGAAGAAACGGAAAGCAUAAAAUACAUAGCGAGAAUUGUCGGGUGUCGUUUCCCAUUGAAUUACCUAUUGUAUUGUAAUAAAC